AUGAAUAGUGUUCAAGGAAAUCCAAACCUCUGUUUGGAUCCAUCGUGCGCUGGUGAUGGAAAUAACAGCAAGAAAUUGCUAGUGCCCAUUCUUGCAUCAGCUGCUUGUGUGGGCAUUAUUACAUCUGUGAUUCUUCUCUUCAUUGCCUUAUAUAGAAAGAAGAGGCCAUCCAAAGCUCUACGCCAAUCAAUUAUGGCGAACAAGAGAAGCUUUACUUAUGAAGAGGUCACAGUGAUGACAAAUAACUUUGAGAGAACUCUUGGGGAAGGAGGGUUUGGAAUCGUGUACCACGGACAUUUACAUGGUAACGAACAAGUUGCUGUUAAAGUGCUUUCAGAAUCCUCAGCUCAAGGCUAUAAGCAAUUCAAGGCUGAGGUAGAGCUUCUUCUAAGAGUACACCAUAUAAAUUUGGUAAAUCUUGUUGGGUAUUGUGACGAAGGGCAACACUUGGUCCUCAUCUAUGAGUACAUGUCAAAUGGAAAUUUAAAGGAACAUCUAUCCGGAGAAUGCGCUAACUCUCUUUUAAGUUGGGAAAAUAGGCUAAGAAUUGCUGGAGAAACUGCACAAGGUUACCUUGAUCCUGAAUAUUAUCGAACAAACUGGUUGACAGAGAAGAGUGAUAUCUACAGCUUUGGAGUUGUAUUAUUGGAAAUCAUCACAAGCCAAUCAGUGUUUGACCAAACACGUGAAAAAUCUCAUAUUGGAGAAUGGGUGGGAUUAAAGUUAACCAAUGGAGAUAUCACAAAUAUUGUGGAUUCAACUCUCACUGGAGAUUAUGACUCUGGUUCGGUGUGGAAGGCUCUUGAGCUAGCAAUGUCAUGCAUUAGUCCAUCUUCAACUGGAAGACCAAACAUGUCUCAGGUUUCUAGUGAACUAAAAGAGUGUCUCUUAUCUGAGAUCUCAAGGAAAGGAGGGAGACAUGACGUGGACUCCAAGAGUUCUCUUGAACUGAACACAAGCUUUGGCCCUGAACAGAAUCCUGAUGCACGCUAG